ACAUUGUUUUCAUAAUAAUAAUAACGAAUGUUUUACCAAGGUCAAUCUUUAUUUCAUUGGUAUUAUAUAUUUAUAGAUUACGUUUGAGCCUUAUUUUGCAUUUACCUAAUUUGUUAUGGCCUUGAGAUUACCUGAUGUUGAUUAUGAAGAUACUGAAGAAACAUUGGAUUGCCGAUCAUUUGCUCCAUCUGCAUUUGAAAUGAUGCAGAGAAUUCGAAGACAAGGAAAGAUGUGCGAUGUGACAUUAAAAGUUAACGAAUGCAAGUUUACAGCGCACAAAAUCGUUCUUGCUGCCGUGAUUCCUUAUUUUACGAGUAUGUUUACCACUGACAUGGCAGAAGCUAAUGGGAAUGAAAUCGAAAUUAGCGCAAUUGACGAAAAUGCACUAGAACACCUUAUCAACUAUGCCUACACUGGAAAAAUAACUGUAAACGUAGAGACUGUUCAAUCUAUUAUGAUCGGAGCAAAUUUUCUGCAACUUCAAGUUGUUAAAGAAUUCUGUGCCAAUUUUAUUAAAUCGCACUUGCAUCCCAAUAAUUGUUUAGGAAUUUGUCAGUUCGCUGAAUUACUGAUGUGUAUGCCUUUGUUGGAAAAAGCGAAAAGCUACUUAAACCAACAUUUUGUUGAAGUGUCCAAAUCCGACGAGUUUUUGGACCUUUCAAAGGAGAAAGUUCUCAGUAUUUUAUGCCGGAACGAGCUACAUGUGAAGUCUGAAGAGCAGUUAUUUUAUGCUGCUUCUGCAUGGGUGAAGUUUAAAUACACACAAAGAUGCGAGUAUAUGCAUGAGCUGCUUCAGCAUAUACGAUUACCUUUACUCCGGCCACAGUUUCUAACUGAUGUUAUUCAAAUGGAUGCAGCCAUUAAAUCUUGCCUGAGAUGCAGAGAUCUUGUUGAUAAAGCAAAAGAUUAUCAUCUGAUGCCUGACCGAAGAUCAGAUUUCCCCCCUAACAUGGUACGGCCAAGAUAUUGCACUGAAAUUCAUGAAAUGAUUUAUGCUGUUGGUGGACUUACUUCAGCUGGGGAGGCACUUAAUACGGUGGAAAAAUAUUCUGGCCUUGUGGGUCGUUGGGAGCUUGUGGCAUCUAUGAAAACUUGCCGAAGCAGAGUUGGUGUGGCCGUACUAGCUGGACAGCUGUACGCGGUUGGUGGAUAUGAUGGUAUGAAUCGGCUCAAUACUGUGGAAAUGUACACACCAGAAACUGAUGAAUGGUGUGACAUCAAGCCUAUGCAAGAGAAGAGAAGUGCUCUUGGCUGUGUUGCCUAUGAAGAUCAAAUCUUCGUAUGUGGGGGAUAUGAUGGUGUUUCCUCACUCAGCAAUUGUGAAGUAUUCCGUCCUCAUACGCAAGAGUGGCAGAAGAUUAGUCCAAUGAACAAGUCUCGAAGUGCAGCAGCUGUUGGAGUCUUUGAGGGCUGUGUUUACAUUCUUGGUGGUCAUGACGGCUUGUCCAUUUUCAAUUCAGUUGAAUGCUAUGACCAAAGCAUUGACAAGUGGUGCAUGAAAGUGCCCAUGCUAUCCAAAAGAUGCCGCCAUGGUGUUGCCUCCUUGCAAGGCUGCAUGUUUGUCUUUGGUGGUUACGAUGGCCAAAAGUUUCUCAACACAGUUGAAGUGUUUGACCGAGUUACCAACCAGUGGAGCUUCGUGGCUCCAAUGAGCAUGCGACGCAGCCGUGUUGGAAUCGCUAUCAGUGGCGGCAAGAUCUUUGCCCUUGGUGGCUACGAUGGCUGCACCAACCUCAACUCUGUUGAGGUUUACGACCCGGAGACCAACUCCUGGAGGAAAUCUGACAGAAUGUGGGCACAUGAGGGCGGUGUUGGCGUCGGUACAAUUCCUCUUCCCCUGUUGUGAGUUGUGAAGCAAUAACCUAACAGAUUCCUUCAAGAGAUUUCAGAUCAAUUUAUUUAAAAAGUGUUAAGGAUCAUAUAGCACUCAUUUUAUUCUGUACUAUUUCCCAGUAUGUCAAUGAAAUAUAUUUCUAUUAAAAUAAAAUAUAUAUGUUCAGCUGUAAAAGUUUAUGAUUUGUUUUAUGAUUACCAAAAAGCACGAAGCCCUGAUAGAAUAAAAAAACUUCUGAUGUUACAUACUUUACUGUUGGUACUUUGUUUUAAAGCAAAAUAUGUCUCCCUAACUCAUCUUUUAACCUUUUUUUUUGCUAUAAUAAUAAAACUUUCAAUCA